CCUUAUCUGGCGAGUUGACCUUGUGCCCCCGAGCCCCUUACUUAUCUUGUCACGCAAGCUUCUGAUGUAUAUAAACCCUGCUCUCUGUGUGUAUCACUGAGCAGUGCCUGAAUAAACCAGAUUGAUUUAACUCGUGUGGUUUGCUUUAACCCUGCUCCAGAGCGCUCUUACGUCAACGCAUCUGAACUGAGACAGACACAGGUUCUAACAAUUUGGUGACCCCGACGUGAUACUCUCAAUCAGAAAGUUGCUGUGACAAUAGCUGACGGCCUUUUCAGGGAUCCCCUUUCCAGCAUCCGGAGUGAUCCGGUUUCGGCUGAUCUACAAAGAGGGGAUGGUCGGUGCGUCCCGCAGACUUCUGAACUGAGGAAUCUGGAAGACACGUGAGCCUGGGCUACCUUCAACUAUCUACAUCCUGUGGACACAGAAAGAACAAAGUCAGUGACCAGUAUGACUUUCCUUCUGGUAUUGGUCUUAGUGCUUGGAGCAGGGAAUCCCGCUCAAGCCAGCCACGAGGACAACGUUUUUUGGCAAUUUGCCAACUGGACUGCUAAACAACAUACUAAUGAAUCAUGUUAUGUCUGUCAUUUAAUGCCUGUGAGCUCAGCAUCUGUGUCUCUCGCUCCUAGGUCGCAGAACGGCUCGUUUGGCGCCUUACAACAGUUAGCUCGCUCAUGUUUAACUUUGGUGUGUCUGGGAGGGUAUACAGUUAAUCAAACACACACUCAUUCCGAAUUCUCUAACCACUCGCAGGUAAAAGGCUUGCACAAUUGUCACAAGAACACGUCGAAUAACCUAACUGAUUGCUUAAAAUCUAUACGAACGAUGCGGAAGUUUUGGAUUCCAGAAAUGUUUCGACCUCAAGGGUUCUCGGCUCAGGUACCACCAAAAUUUGUGUUCCCAGUGUGUGUAGAACGACAGGGAAAUACGAACUUUUCAUUAGGACUGCUCUCCCGACAGCAUUGUGGAACAAUCCUGGAUGAGUAUAAUUCUUCGAGUACAUAUGAAGCCUAUCUUCAAAAUGCCACAUGUACAUCUUCCCGGAACUGCUCUGUCAUUGCCCCCGACAUAGUAGGCACCGACCCGUUAGGCGAUGAUUGGUAUUGGGUCUGCGGGACAAGAGUUUAUCUCUCCCUUCCAUUUAUGUGGAACGGACGUUGUGGUCUAACACAAUUUAAAAGCAAAAUCAUGAUUGUCUUGCCAUCAGGUAAGUCUCCGGGACGUCCGCGCACCAGGCGUUCUGUAAGCGACGAUUCCUUCCCGCCGCCCGAACAUCAAUUAGAAAGCAAAUGGAAUAAAUUCUGGCAAUCAUUAGUUCCCCAAUACGGUCUAACCCAGGUCUGGAAUCAACUGGAAGUGACUCACUAUCGUCUGGCUACCUUCGUUAACGCCACUAACGCCGCCAUAGAAGGCAUCCGUGUCGAGUUAACAGCAUUGCGCUUAAUGACUACUCAAAAUCGCAUGGCCCUGGACAUUUUCCUCGCCAAGGAGGGUGGUGUCUGUGCUAUGGUAGAUGAUUCAUGCUGCACUUUCGUCCCCGCUAAUGAUGAUCCGAGUUUAGGUGACAUUACACGUCAGCUAGAAAAAAUGCGACAAGUAGCCCAUGAUUUAAAAAUGGACGAGCAGGCCAGCUCUACUUGGGGCUGGGGGUGGCUGCAUGUCCUCUUUGGGGGACUGGCCCCAUACAUCUCUAUGAUUAUUCCUGUACUGGUGAUUGGUCUUCUCGUUUGCAUAUGUGGCCCUUUUCUGUUUCGUUGCUGUAUGGAUAGGAUCUACAAUAUGAUGGUUGCGCACUCUGGUUACACCCCUAUGUCUGCCAAUACAUUAGAGUCUAAACUGUAGUUAUACUCUGUAAACAAAGUAUAAAAGAGGGGAUUGUAAGAUUGUAUGUGUGUUCUCGUGCAUAGCUGUACUGAACUUAUGACCCUUUCACACCCUGGUAAACGUGCAUAAUCGCGAGAACAUACUCUUUUAUUUUCUCUGUACCUUCUAGUUUCGCUGAAACCACAUUCCUGGUUCCUCCUGUUCUAGGGGGUGUAUGGUCUGCUCUUUCAUGUAUAAUAAAAACGACUCCUUAUCUGGCGAGUUGACCUUGUGCCCCCGAGCCCCUUACUUAUCUUGUCACGCAAGCUUCUGAUGUAUAUAAACCCUGCUCUCUGUGUGUAUCACUGAGCAGUGCCUGAAUAAACCAGAUUGAUUUAACUCGUGUGGUUUGCUUUAACCCUGCUCCAGAGCGCUCUUACGUCAACGCAUCUGAACUGAGACAGAC